AUGAAGUUGGUUCAUAAAAAUGUAGAGAAAACAGGCUCCGGAGAAAUUACAAUGUACCCGGAAGAGCCUGAGGACAUGUGGCACCUGUACAAUAUCCUCCAAAUUGGCGAUCAACUGAAGGCUUCUACGAUUCGUCGUGUUGUCAAAGUCGGAGCCACGGGUACCACUUCUAACUCUAGAGAAAAAAUGACCUUGAAAGUUUUAAUAGAAGCUACGGACUUUGAUACAAAGGCAGCUGAAUUACACAUCAAGGGGAAAACGACAGAAUAUCAUCCCCUCGUAAGGUUGGGUUCAUAUCACACACUGGAUUUGGAGUUGCACAGAAAUUUUACCCUUUACAAGAAUGAAUGGGACUCAUUCGCUUUAGAUCGGGUAGACGCUGCUUGCAAUCCAUCUAGAAAUGCUGAGAUUGGAGCAGUGGUUCUUGAGGAAGGUAUCGCAAAUGUUUGUUUAAUUACCGACUAUAUGACCAUAAUGCGUCAAAGAAUUAACCAAACAAUUCCCAGAAAGCGUAGAGGUGAUAGCAGCGCUUAUCAAAAGGGUUUAAACAAGUUUUACGAUACUGUUUUUCAAGCAAUCUCUACAGAGCUUGAUUUUGAAAAACUCAAAGUCAUUAUCCUAGCUUCUCCUGGCUUCGUCGCCAAAGGCCUAUUUGACUAUAUUAUGGGAAUGGCUGUAAAAUUGGACCUAAAACACGUUUUCAAAGCAAAACAAAAAUUUUUGAUUCUUCAUUCUAGUACUGGCCAUAUCCAUUCUCUUAAUGAAGUUCUCAAAAAUUCAAUUGUUGAAUCCAGCCUGGCUGAUACAAAAUACAUUCAGGAAAUCCGUAUUUUAAAUAAGUUUUACCAAGUUAUGAAUGAUGACGAUAGACGUGCCUGGUACGGUCCCAAGCAUGUCGAAAAGGCUUUUGAAAUUGGUGCUGUUGGUGAACUACUAAUCAGUGAUUCUCUAUUUAGAAGCUCUGAUAUAGCAACUAGAAAAAAAUGGGUUGGCCUUGUUGAUGCGUUAAGAGAAACCAAGAGCACCGUUUACAUUUUUAGCAGCCUUCAUGAAUCCGGGAAACAACUGGAUUUACUGUCUGGAAUAGCUGCUAUCUUGACAUAUCCUGUGGAAGAAGAAGAUAUAGAGGAAGAAGAAGAAGAGGAAGAAAGCUAA